AUGCCGCAAGGGAAGCAACUACAGGCACCUUGUGGCCUGAAGAGUAGCAAUGGAUCCUUGUGUAGUGUACCAGCAAAUUUGCUUGCCCGACCAGAAGAGAGCCCAAUUACAACGGGUAAGUGGAAUUUCCAGAAUCCCCAGGGAUCUCAGAACAGAGUGCUCUGUCGCUCCUCUGUUCCUGUUGCACCACGGGCAAUGUCAAACCACACUACCUUGAUCAUGAAGAAAUUACUCGAUGUGUACAAAGGGUUUGAAGGCCCUAAAGUGAAGGUUGAUGUGGGUGGUGGGAUUGGAGUUACCCUUAGCAUUAUCACUUCCAAGUAUCCCCAGAUUAAGUGUAUCAAUUUUGAUCUGCCUCAUGUUUUAGCUGAUGCACCUUCUUAUCCAGGUGCUGGAUCACUUCUUUCUUUGGCUUGA